UCAUCAUCACGUUUGUUGUCGGACGUGUAUUUGGGAGGUCCUUUUCACUUCCUUCUCAAGAAAAGCAGUAACGCAGGGUGAUUGUGGUCAGAAAGACAUACGAUGCAGGACCCAAACGCAGACACCGAGUGGAAUGACAUCCUUCGGAGAAAGGGCAUCCUUCCGCCCAAGGAGAAACCAAACCCGGAAGAGGAACAGAUUGUACAGCAGCAGCAGCAGUCAGUGGUGAAAACGUACGAGGACAUGGGUCUGGAUGAGCUGGAGGAGAAUGAGGAUGAGUUCAGUGAGGAGGAUGAGCGGGCGAUUGAGAUGUACAGGCAACAAAGAUUAGCUGAAUUGAAAGCCACACAGUUGAAAAAUGUAUUUGGGGAAGUUACUGAGAUAUCUGGACAGGAAUAUAUACAGCAAGUAAACAAAGCUGGUAAAGACACCUGGGUCAUCCUGCAUCUCUACAAACAGGGCAUCCCCCUCUGUACUUUGAUAAAUCAGCAUCUCAGUUCACUAGCACGGAAGUUCCCACAGACAAAAUUUCUCAAGUCAAUCUCGACAACCUGUAUACCCAACUACCCUGACAGGAACCUGCCAACUAUAUUUGUAUACCAUGAGGGCGACAUGAGAGCACAGUUUAUUGGUCCACUAGUUUUUGGGGGCAUGAAUUUAAAAAUAGACGAACUAGAAUGGAAGCUUUCAGAAUCGGGUGCAAUCAAAACAGAUUUGGAGGAAAACCCCAAAAAACAAAUCGAGGACAAGUUGAUGACCUCAAUCAGGUGCACGGCUCCGACAAAAAAGGAUAGCGAUUCAGAAGAUGACUAUUAGACAGUGAUUUGUAUUACAUUUUUAAAAGCAUGAUGCACCUUUUGAUCUAGCAUUCAUGCAUCCUGUGUGAAAAUCUAAUACCUUUUGUAGAUCAUGUAAAACAAACAAGUAAACCUGACAUACCUACAGCUAAACUAUAAACAUUACUGUAUGCUCCUGUUUUAUAAAAAAAAAAAUAUAUAUUUUUUCUUUGCAACAACUAAAUUAUGAAAGUGUUCUCAUAAAAUAAAGAACAGAAAUGCAUUGUUUUUAAGAUAAACCACAAAAAAAACCUUCA